UUCAGACAUCUAAAGCCCGCAUGUUUCAGUUAGUUUCUCUUCAAACAUUCAAGAAUCAGACAAUAGUGUACAGAGAUGAAUAGUUCUCUCAACCGGCCGAGCUUCUUCAAACCCCUCAUCGGUGACUUUUCGACCCAACUCUCAAUACCAGUUGAAUUUGCAAGAAGACACAAAGACAUGCUGCAUGGAAAAGUCUGCCUAGUAACUGAAUCUCAGGAAUCUUGGGCGGUGAAGAUCGAACAGGUAAAUGAGAGGCACUGUUUCAUAGGAGGUUGGCCUGAAUUUUUGAAGGGAAACCAACUUGAAGAAGGAGAUUUUCUUGUUUUUUAUUUUGUCGGAAGAUCGACAUUCAGAGUUGCAAUCUUUUCCAUGGAUGGUUGUGACAAGUGGUAUCCUUCCUCCGAUGUUGAUGGCAUCCAAGAACCUGGGAUUUACUGGAAUUUCCCUGUAAAACAGGAAUGCGGGAGUGGAGAUAGCUGUGACAAGACCAGUGAAAUUCCAAGGUUUUCUGUCCAGUUGAGGAGAUACAGUACAUACCAUCUGUUCUUUCCAGCUGCUUUUGCUGCCAAAACUGGAUUACGGAGGAAGAGCAAGAUAACGUUGCGGGAUCCAAGAGGGAGGAAAUGGCCGGUAACAUUAUUCACCAGGGAAAGACCUCAUAGGAUUCAAACUUCCACCGGGUGGAAUGAAUUCUUGGCAGCACAGAAACUAUUUGUUGGAAGUAUCAUUUCACUUGAAUCCGUUCCGGGUUCUGAUGAUGAUGAUCUGUUCCAAGUGAAAGUGCUCAAAAAUAGAGGAAAAGGAGAACUUUUUAGGGCUUUCAACAAAAACCUUGGCAGGCCGCAGCUCAGCAGGCGUUUGUAGUUGCCCUUCACAACGCACACACAAG